GGCCCGCGCGGCACCGCCGGUGCCCGGCGCCGCCGGCCGCCAUGGGGGAACAACCCAUCUUCAGCACCCGAGCUCAUGUCUUCCAGAUUGACCCAAACACUAAGAAGAACUGGGUUCCCACCAGCAAGCAUGCUGUUACUGUGUCCUACUUCUAUGACAGCACAAGAAAUGUCUACAGAAUUAUUAGUUUGGAUGGCUCAAAGGCAAUAAUAAAUAGCACUAUCACCCCCAACAUGACAUUUACUAAAACAUCCCAGAAGUUUGGCCAGUGGGCAGACAGCAGAGCAAAUACAGUCUAUGGCUUGGGAUUUUCAUCUGAACAUCACCUCUCAAAAUUUGCUGAAAAAUUUCAGGAAUUCAAAGAAGCUGCAAGACUGGCAAAGGAAAAAUCCCAAGAAAAGAUGGAGCUAACAAGUACACCUUCUCAAGAAUCAGCUGGAGGGGAUAUUCAGUCUCCUUUAACUCCAGAAAGUAUCAAUGGGACAGAUGACGAGAGAGCGACACCGGAAGUGACGCAGAACUCAGAAACAAGGGCAGAACCAACCCAGAACGCAUUGCCAUUUACCCAUAGUUCGACAAUCAGCAAGCAUUGGGAGGCAGAACUGGCCACGCUCAAAGGUAAUAAUGCAAAGCUCACAGCAGCCCUGCUAGAGUCCACUGCCAAUGUGAAACAAUGGAAACAACAACUUGCUGCCUAUCAGGAGGAAGCAGAACGUCUUCAUAAGCGGGUGACUGAGCUAGAGUGUGUGAGCAGUCAAGCCAAUGCAGUGCACACACAUAAAACAGAACUAAACCAGACAAUACAGGAGCUAGAGUCUACACUCAAGAAGAAGGAAGAGGAAAUAGAAGGAUUGAAACAAGAAAUCGACAAUGCCAGAGAGCUCCAGGCACAGAGGGAUUCUCUGUCCCAGAAGCUUCAGGAAGUAGAAAUUCGAAACAAAGACCUGGAAGGCCAGCUGGCUGAUCUAGAGCAACGUCUGGAGAAAAGUCAGAAUGAGCAAGAAGCUUUUCGCAAUAACUUGAAGACACUUUUAGAAAUUCUUGAUGGAAAAAUAUUUGAACUAACAGAGUUACGAGAUAACUUGGCCAAACUAAUAGAAUGCAGCUAAAGAAAAUGGGAUUUCAGUGCCAAUCAGCUUAAAGAUGCACUGUCUCUCUUCAUAGGACUGUGUUGGGCUCUGCAUCAAAAUUGCACAAAAUUAGAAAAUGCUCCUCUGAGAGGGCUUGUUUUAAAUUUGAGUCCUAUUUCAAUGUAAAAUUUAGAACCCAGCUUGCAGCUAGUUAAAGAGAAAAAGAACAAACGAACAAACAAACAAAAAAGAAAACCAAACCAACCAACCAAAAAAAAAACCCACUUGAAUUACAAAUUACCUCCUUGUACAUUAUUGGCCAUAGAUAACUUGAAAGAUAAUAGUAGUAACUGAAUGCAAAUCUUUUCUAAUUAUCAGUGAUGGAAGAAUUAGCAGUGUCCCAGGUCACAUCCCCUUUUUGUGAUAGACACAAUAGAGGUUAUUUGCUGAUUUAUUUAUUUAAGAUAUUUAAUUGCUGUGUUUUGUGCAAGAACUUAGUGAUGACAGCCCUGUAUUUUGUUGUUCUUAAUAAUUUCUCAGGAUAAUUUGCACUGUGGAGAAGCAGUGCCACUACCAAUUUAUUCUUGCCAGGAGUGAGAGACCUGCAUCUUUAAUAGAAAUGAAGUUACUAUAACUGCUUGUAUAAAGUUUUUCUGGGGUUUCUUGGUUGGUCAGUUGUUUUUUGGUUUUAUAUAUAUAUAUGUAUAUGUGUGUGUGUAUAUAUAUAUAUAUAUAUAUAUAUAGAUAGAUACUGGAAGAUACCAAAAUACCAUAUUUCUUUCUGAAGCUUACUCUGGUGUUCUACAAUACUGUCCAAUGUAAGGUUUCUUUAUAAUUUGAAUUCCAUGUAAUUACAGUGAGAUAAUAUCUUCCACAUAGAACUAUCUUUUGAGGCCAACCAAUGAUGGAAGGUGAGUCCCCAAGAAAAAAGGAGGGAAAAAAAAAAAAAAAAAAAAAAAAAAAAAAAAAAAAAAAAAAAAAAAGGCAACUACCCCCCUGAGAAUCUUAAAUGUAAAAUUUGACAUGCACAGAUAAAAAGGAAUAGCCAGCUGUUUAUCUUCUGGCCUUGAUACAUAUAUUGAGUGUGUAUGUUCAGUUACCUGUUAACCUGUUCUACAGGAGACUUACAGAAUGUCACAUGAAUUUCAGGUUUUGUGAAUAAUGACUGAUGGGGAGCACUGUUUUAAUUUAGAUUGCAUUAAGGGUAUAGAACUGUUGCAAGGGAGUACUUGUACACUGAACUUUGUCCAUCCAAGAAAGCUAUUUCUAGAAGUUUUGUUGUCAUAGCAAAUUGAAAUGGAGGCAUAUUUACUCUUUUAUGGGUCCUCAUAUCACAUCUUUAUUGAAACUACACCAGGCAAUAUUCUAAACUGUUUAAAAACCAGAAAAAUUCAUUCAAUUAUCCUCAGUGAGCAGGUUUUAAAGUUAUUUUGAUGUAAUUUUAACAGACUUUUGGCAAACACACAUUUCGUAAUAUAAUAGAUUUAUUUAAAAAAAACCCCUUUGAUAGGUAAACCAAGUUGUCUUGCAUCAAAGUACAUUCUUGCCAUAAAUUGCUUGUAAUAUUGAAGAGGGCUUUUUAAAAAUGUAUGAAUGAGUAUUGGACUCCAGAGUCAAAAGAUGCACGGACCUUUGUUUUGCUCCCCAGAUUAAUUUGAAUGUUAAACAUGAAAUCUAGCUGCUUAUUAAAUUUGUAAAACACAAUUUUCUCCACUUAGAGACUACUAUUCAAAACUAGAGAAGAAACAUUUGUUUUCAUGUGUGUACUGUGUAUAUACAGCAUACAGUACACACAGGUUCUCAUUUAUA